UCUGUCUUCAAGGUGAAACACCUUACCCAUGACUGGAGAACCACAGCCUACGCACUGAAGUACUCGGACACUCUUGAGCUCAAUGAUGAUAACAAAAAGGUUAGAAGAAAUACUCCAGUUCCAGUGUUUCCAAGCGAAAACCUCCCUACCAGGAUGUUACUGGUGUAUGAUAUCCACAUGGUUUCUGAGCUGCAGGCUCUUAAACAAGAAAAUGGAUGCAUGCAAGAAAGGAUAAUGGAGUAUCUCCUCAAGGCCUUUGUAACUUUUGGUGUAAUUUCAUCAGUCCGUAUUCUCAAGCCUGGUAAGGACCUACCACCCGAUAUCAGGAGGGUCAGCAAUCGGUACACCCAACUGGGAACUCAGGAGUGUGCAAUUAUAGAAUUUGAAGAAGUAGAUGCUGCUGUACGUGCUCAUGACUUUAUGUGUGCUGAAAAGAAAGAGACUGGUAUGAAAGUUGUCCUAAUAGGCAUGAAACCUCCAAAGAAAAAAGUUCCAAAAGACAAGAACCGUGGUGAAGGUACCAGCAAGGGUCUUAAGAAGGCUAGAUCCCUUAAUAAGAGAGUUGAGGAACUUCAGCUUGUUGGUGAUGAAUCUUCAGCAAACAGCUCUUCCGACCCAGAGAGUAAUCCUACAUCUCCCCUGUCAGGACGCAAAAGUACUUCAAUGAAUACUACACGGAAUUUGACCCCAGUCAUUCACCCAAAUGACCAUUUGAGUCCUAAUGUGUCACCCAGAUCAAGUCCUUGGAACAGUCCAUCUUCAUUAAGAAAAGUAACCAAAAAGUCUCCUCUGGCUGAAGACCGCAAGCUUAACCCAAGCACUAGCCCUGAAAUUCCAAGGAAGUGUACAGAUUAUUCCUCGGAUAGCAGUAUCACUCCUUCUGGUAGCCCCUGGGUACAGAGGAGAAAAGCUCAAACUCUAUCACAAGAGAAGAGUCCCAUCACUAGCCCUGUGCUGGUUCAGAAAAUACAAAAUGCAGAUGGUCUACCUGUGGGGGUGCUGCGGCUGCCUAAAGGCCCUGAUGGCACUAAAGGAUUCCACAAUGGAUGUGAAAGAAGGAAGGCUUUGAAGGAUGAGUAA